AUGAAGAUGAUCAUAGUCUGCCAGAUUCUCUAUGGAUCUGCUCUCGGGCUUGUCAAGACCUCUAUGAUGGUCCUUUAUCAUAAGCUUUUCGGCACAAAGGCCAGCAUGCGGGUUGCCAUUUACGUAACUGGUGCCAUUGUUUGGGCGUGGGCGUUGAGUAUCAUCCUCGAGUCCUUCCUCAUCUGCCACCCCAUCGCAUUCAACUGGAACCCGAUGCUACCGGGUGGUGGAUGUGGCAACCGUAAUGCAGCCUUCGUGGUUGCAGGAGUCCUCAACAUGGUCACCGAUUUCAUGGUCAUGUCGCUUCCAAUCCCCUAUAUUUGGAAGUUGCAACUUCCGAUGGGACGGAAGCUCGGUUUGUCGAUGGCAUUCUCACUGGGACUCUUUGUCAGCGCAAUCAGCAUGGUGCGCGUGGUCAGUCUCAUGCACGUUGACUUCAACGAUGUCACAUGGACUCUUCCCAUCCCACUGAUGUGGAGUAUCAUCGAACAGCAACUCGCCAUUGUCGCGGCAAAUCUCCCCCUCCUCCGCCGCGUUUUCUCCGCCGUGAUACCUGGUAGCUGGCUAGGCUCGUCUGGCCGCGGGACGGCAACACAUACCGGAGAGUUUAGUGCGAAGAAGCGCUCAGUGAGAGAGUAUUCUCUUACUCGCAUGGAUAUGGGCUCCAAUAAGAGUAAGAUCACUUCACCCACUAGAUCUCAGAAAUCUCAGAAUCUCACCGUCCGCUCGAGGUGGAGUGACGAUGAUGGACAUUCGGUUAUCGAGCUGGCGCCGAACGAGGUCCCACCGGAUGGAAUUUAG